AUGGAUAGAACAGUGUUUGAAGCUGCAGAAUUGGGAAACUUCGACCCAAUUAAGGGCCUGAAAGAACACCAGAUUCUCAACCAACGCACACCCCAGAUGAGAACAGUACUUCAUGUUGCCGUAAGAUUCAAUCAAAAGAAGUUUGCGGAGCAAGUCCUUGACUUGUGUCCAAUGCUACUUCUCAAAGCAAAUGCGGAAGGGGAAAGUCCUUUACACAUAGCAGCCAAAGUUGGGAAUCCAGAAAUGGUUCAACUCCUCAUCAAUGUUGCCUCGCGCGGGGACAUCGAGAGACAGCAGAUUGACGUGAGGACGAUGCUGAGAACGAGGGAUUUGGUGAAGGAAGACACUGCUUUGCACGUUGGGGUGAGGAAUGGUCACGUUGGCGUGGCUAAGUUGUUGAUUAAUGCUGAUUUGGAGCUGUUGGAGUUGUUGAAUGGGGCUAACGAAUCUCCACUUUUUCUUGCUGUGGAGGGAGGUUUUCUUGAUAUUGCCAAACUAAUUAUAGAAAAAUCUCGAUUCUAUGAUCAACCUCUUUGCGGCGGUUCUAAUGGUAUGAAUGCUUUGCAUGCAGCUGUGAUUCGGACACAUCAUGCUAGAUUUUUGGAACAUCAUGUGCCAGAUUUGUCGCUCGAGAACUUGCGAAGCUUGAUUAGGGGCUUUGUUUUGCAUGUAGAGGAGUACUUCAAAAUUUCUUCUCAAAACAAGGAAAUUGAUAUUGUGGAACUACUACUACAGAGAGAAGAAACUCAAAAGGCCGCUUUACUCGAAGAACAAGACAAAGUGAUCAAGUGGACACCUCUUCAUUUUGCUGCAUACUUGGGUCAUCUUGAAGCCACUAAACUUAUUCUCCAACAAAAGUGUACUUCUGUUGCAUACCUCAGGGACAAGGAAGGCUCGUCUGCUCUACACAUUGCUGCUAAAGAAGGCCAUGUCCGUGUAAUGAACGAAAUUAUUCACCAAAGACCGGAGGCCUCAGAUUUAGUUGACGAUAGAGGUUGGACAGCUCUUCAUGUUGCAGUUUUCAAUGGGAAACUCAAAGUUGUUAAGUACAUUCUCAAGACUCCAAAGCUAGAGUUCAUGCUAAAUGUCCCAGAUAAAGAUGGAAACACACCACUGCAUUUAGCUGCCGGCCUUAAAAAGCAUAGGAUUAUGAUGAUCCUUGUCGAUGAUCGUAGAGUCGACAAGAGGGCCACAAAUCUUGAGCAUUUGAAGCCCAUUGACAUAGUUCGAACAAAUGCAAAUAUAGGAGAACUCAUCAAGUGUUGGCUUGUGAAGAAGUUGGAAAAACAAGGUGGGGGAGAAAGUCUGCAAUCAAUUGUCUACAGAGUGGAAUGUGGGAGUCACCAAAUCACAGGCUGCAAAAAAGGAUCAAAUCAUGGACAGGCGAUAAACGACGACAACAAAGACCUCUUUGGUCAUCAUCCUUCAACAUUUAAACUCCCAACAAUGGAUAAAGCCAUGAAAUCUCACCGGCUAAGGAAAAUCUCCAACACGCAUCUUCUCGUAGCGGCUCUCAUCGCGACGGUAACAUUCACAGCGGCUUUCACAAUACCGGGAGGCUAUGAAAGCAACGGUUCUACAAGUGGAAUUGCGGUUUUAUCAGAAAGAGCAUUUUUCAAAGUGUUUGUUGUAGCGGAUUCCCUAGCUUUCUACUGCUCAAGUGCCUCAGUUCUGCUUCAGUUUUUCAGCUCCGCGGAGCAUAAUUAUCAUCUUAUUCUGCGGUUCACAAGAAUGGCAGCCACUCUUACGUAUAUUUCUAUCCUUGGAAUGGUUGUUGCUUUUACUUCUGGCUUGCGUGUGGUGAUGCCAAGUUCGUCGAGUCUUGCACAUUAUACUCUUAUGAUGGGUGGUGGUUGUGUGUUUCUCUUUAUUGUGGGGUGUUUGUAG